AUGCCUUCUAUUUUACUUCUUGGUUCUGGCUUUGUUGCAUUGCCAACAUUGGAAUACUUGGCUCGUCGCGAGGAAAAUACUGUAACUGUUGCAUGCAGAACCCUUUCUAAGGCUGAAGCCUUGAUUAAAGGUGUUCCCAAUUCUAAAGCUAUUGCUUUGGACGUUGGUGACGAGGUUGCUUUAGAAAAGGCUGUAUCUCAACACGAUCUUACUAUUAGUUUGAUCCCCUAUACCUACCAUGCUGCUGUUAUGAAAGCUGCCAUCAAGCAUGGCAAACACGUCUGCACUACCAGCUACGUGAAUCCCUACAUGGCUGAAUUAGAAGAAUCAGCUAAGAAGGCUGGCUCUAUUUGCAUGAAUGAAAUCGGUGUCGAUCCCGGUGUUGAUCAUUUAUAUGCCAUCAAGACCAUUGAAGAAGUUCACAAUGAGGGCGGCAAGAUCAAGUCUUUCGUGUCUUACUGUGGUGGUCUUCCUGCCCCUGAAGACUCUAAUAACCCUUUGGGCUACAAGUUCUCUUGGUCUUCCCGUGGUGUCUUGUUGGCCCUUCGUAAUUCUGCUAAGUUCUAUGAAGGCGGUAAGAUUGUCAACAUUGAAGGUAAGGACUUGAUGGAAACUGCCAAGCCCUACUUCAUCUACCCUGGUUAUGCCUUCGUUUGCUAUCCUAACCGUGACUCUACUGUUUUCAAGGAGCGCUACCAAAUUCCCGAAGCCGAAACCAUCAUUCGUGGUACUUUGCGUUACCAAGGCUUCCCUGAAUUCAUUCACUGCUUGGUCGACCUCGGCUUUUUGGAUGAUAGCGCCCGUGAGUACUUAGACCCCAACGGUACCGCCUUGCCCUGGAAGGAAGCCACCGCUCGUGUUAUCAAUGCUGCUUCCUCCUCCGAAGCUGAUUUGGUCAAAGCCAUCUCUUCUGCUCACCAAUUCAAGGAUUCCGAUGACAAGAAGCGUAUCAUCAAUGGUCUCAAGUGGCUCGGUAUGUUUUCCGGAAAGACUGUCACUCCUCGUGGAAAUCCUUUGGACACUUUGUGUGCCACUUUAGAGGAACUCAUGCAAUAUGAAGAAGGCGAGCGUGAUAUGCUUAUUUUGCAACACAAGUUUGAGGUAGAAACUAAGGAAGGUAAGCCACAAACUCGUACUUGCACCCUUCUUGAUUAUGGUGUUCCUGGUGGCUACACUUCUAUGGCUAAACUUGUCGGUAUUCCAUGUGGUGUCGCUUCUCAACAAAUCCUUGACGGUGUUAUCAACACUCCUGGUGUUUUGGCUCCUAAUGAUAUGUCACUUUGCACCCCUUUGAUUGAUGAACUUGCCAAGGAAGGCAUUGUGAUUCACGAGGAAGUCAUCGAUCAAGAAUAA